AAAAAAAUUUACCGGACGGAUUUCAAACGGUUUCUCCUGCGCCAGAGUGUUUGUAUUUCAGUUCAAGUUUCAACUGUUUUUUGGCAAGAUUCCCUUGUCUUAGGCGCGCGCGCUUGUAACCAUAGAAUGAACGUCGCACCGAGUUCAGCACAAAUAGGAUAAAAAUAGACCUUCACAAUUGACGUUGAUUGAAGAUAACAGUGGAACGGAGUCGUCUGCCCUGACUGGAUUUAUGGCGUGACAUGAAACAUUAAUUAGUGUAUUGUGGUGCAGUGUUCUGUGAACUAAACCUGCGCGAUGGCUCAUCACGCAGAGCCGAUGGACAUCGACGACGAGGGUGAGUUUGACAACAAGGAGAACAGUUUCCAUCACAACAAUGUGGCCCGAGCCACCGAGAAGGGAUACGAGGAGCUGGACGUCUCCGAACUCAACAUGAAACUGAGGUACUCCUUCACUCCAGCUUCUUCUCCUAUGUCUAAGAGCUACACGGCCAACUGUUUAGAUAAUAAAAGUUUAGAAUCCGAUGAUUUGAACAACACCGCAAUUGAAAACAACCUGAGCCAGUCAUUCAAUUCUACCAUAACCAAAGGUGACACUUUUGUAAAAUCUCCCAAGUCACUCCCUCUUCAGGCACUGCCUUCAGAGCACUUUGCUGAUGGCACCAGGAACUCAUCCAUUCUGAGGCCCUUAGAUGGAACAGUGACUGUGGAAAAUUAUGAUAAUAAUGUAACAGUGACUGUCACCGGUGCACAUGACAGUGAUGAGAACAUCUCACUGCCAAGCACAUCAUCCUCGCCACCCUGUACUCCUGAAGCUACCACUCCAAUCAAAGAUGUCCCCAAGCCGGGUGGCUCUCCAAUAUUGAGGGGCAUCAAAAAUGUCUUGAAUAUGUUCCGGCCAUCUCAAAGUCCAAUACCAAAUGACGAAUUAGAUGGAAUUAAUGUUGCUCAAGAAAUCUUAAGCCCUACUGAAGAGUCUGACACCUCUAUGAAUGUGAAACCUGAGUCAGUCCUGGCAUCUACUCCAUUAGCGUCUAAUAUAAGACAAAAAGAAAAAAGUAGUCCUAUGAAGGAAAGUUUAGUUUUUAAUGAUGAUUUAGAGAAAGAGCUGCGAUGGAAAGAUGAGACAACUAUAAUAUUCAGCAAGGAAAAGAUACCAAUACACAAGCUGUUCUUUCAAGAAACAAGGCCUUCUACUUCUCCUGAUAAUAGCAAUGCAACUUUUAGCUCAGGGCAAGAUUCUAUGGCUGCUGAAGUUGAUGGCAACAUGAAUACAAGUGUAGAACCUAUGGAUAUAUCACAAAACGAUUCUGUUUUGAAAGACAAAACCAUGACAGACACACACACUGCUGCAGGCCUACCUCCAUCUGUUAAUGAACUCAAAGACAUUACAAUGGGUACUGACAAGGAUGAAAGUGUAUUUUUAGACUGUGAAACAACAUUUUCCAUGAGUGAAUCUCAACUUUUAAAUGCCACUGAAGAUAAUGUGCCUAUUGAUAAAAUUACCAAUACUGAGGAAUUAGAAAACUCUAAUAGUAUAGCUAAUGUUAGCAAUCUUACAGUAACCAAUGUCAAGUUAGAUGGAGAUUCAACAAAGUUAGAAGAUACUAUGUCACUUAAGUCAGCACUUGGUGACACUCCAAAGAAACCUUUUACAGUUGCAGAAUACAUUGUUGCUAAUAAGCCUGUAACAUCUGAAGAUUUGUCUCUUGAAAGCACACAAACAAAAUUACUAAGUCUUGAAGAUACUCUUCAACAUAAAUCUUUGAUACUUGCAGAAGAUGAACGAACAAAGGAUAGUGAGCAUCAAGAUACAAAUGCUCAGACUAAUAUUGUAGAUGAAACUGUGAAUGUUAAGGAGUUAAGUACUGAUAGAAUAGUAGGUAAUAUACCCGAUUUGUUAAGCAAUACUAUUGUCUGUCCCAAUGACCUUCCGACUUUACCAUCAGAUGAUGAAUUUGAUGAUGCUCAAGCUAAAAUAGAUACUAACAAUAUUCUAGAAAGUUCUAAGUUACAAGUAAACAUGACCAACGAUAAUGAUUCUACUCCAAUAGUGCCUAAUGUAUCUGACAAACACCAAAAUAAUGUGAAUUCUGAACAUGCUAUCGAAAAAAUUACACAUAGUGAUAUUAUAGUAAUAGAAGAUCAUAGUGCGUCUGUUUGCAUGUCUAAGGAAAUCAAUAAAACUCAGGAUGGUUUAGAAAAAGCAGAAGAAAUUACCUCUGCUUUGAGUCAAGCUGAAAUAAGUUAUCAAACCCCUUCAAAAGAUAAUGGAAAUAAUGAAGAGUCUUUAAAUAGCACAGUAGAUGUUAUUAGUAAUAUUUCAGAUGUUAUUGCUGAAAUGUCAGAUUCUAAGAAAGAUGAUUAUGAUUUCACUACUAGCCAGCACAUUAAUGAUGAUGGUAAACCAAAGGAUGUAGUAGUUAAAGAUGCACUUUCUAGAAAUAAUGAUAUUGAAAUAAUUAUGAACUGCGAAGCACUUAAUGUGACGACAGAGAGUGAAACACUACUAAAUAUGCAAAAACAGCAACCAACUGAACAUAAUAUUUUAGAAAACGUGAAAGUCGCAGAUCACAAUAUCAGUAAAAUUGUAGAAGACAAUGAAAAAUGCCAUAUGAACAAUACACAAGUAAUAAUAGAUGAUAGUAAUCUAUGCGCUGAUGGGCCAGUAAGUGUAAGUAAAGAAAUACUAAAUUUGAAUGAAGUUAAAGUUACACCAGCAGAAAGUAUUAAGCCAGUAUCUGAAACAGGACCUGAUGUCGAAAAUCUAGAGGAAGAAUUGAUUAUAUCUGAAACUAAUAGUCCUUAUGUUUCACUGAGUGCGCAGAACGAUACUGUUUCAAUGGUAGAUAAUAAGUUUGAAGACAUUACGAUUGCGGAAAAAAAUGAAAGUCCCUAUGGUUCACUCGGUGUUAAAAACGCUACCGUUUCAAUGGUAGAAAAUAAGUUCGAAGACAUUGCUAUUUCUGAAAAAAUAGAGAUGCCUUAUGUUUCACUCAGUGCACAGAAUGAAACUGACUCCACAGAUAUUCAAGGGUCCACACAUAUUAAGAUUGAAGAUAUUACAGUUUCUGAAAAAGAAGAAACAUCAUCAUCACCUCCCAUUUGUUCCAAAGGACACAGCAUGGAUGUUCAAGAUAAGCUUCAAGAUGCGUUAGAACAUAAGCAAUUUGAAAAUAAAUCUAUGUUAGAUGAGGCUAACAGAUCCUCAUCGCCUCCUAUAUGUUCCAAAGGAUAUAAUAUAAACUUUGAUGAAAUAGAAAAUCCGUUUGCUUCUAAAACAAAAAUUAGGUUGUCUCCGCCGCCUGGCGUAAAUCUAGAUCAAACUUUCGAGUCCACAAACAAACCAGGUGUUAACACAUGUCAACAAAAACUUAAUUUUUCUUCUGACGACCCUGAACCUGUAGAAGUGAUAAGUACUGUGGAACCUAGCCAAGCAGAUAUAACUGAAUCUGAGGAAAAAAUAUGCAGUAACAUUGUUAUGAAAAACAUACUGCCUGAAGUUGAGAAUAAUACAAAAGAACCCGUUAUAAAUGUUGAGAAGUCUGCUGAAACUGAAGUACAACUUAAUUCACAAAAAAUAAAUGAAAGUACUUCAGACAAUGCAGUUGAGCAAGAUAACCUGUCUAAUAAUUUACAAGACGUUAAUAGCACUAUUUCGAUAAGUGAUCCAACUACGAGUCACCAUACACAAAAAGCUGACACAAAUGAGAAAAUCGAGGAAGAAGAAACGAAUUUUGUCAAAGAAACUGAAAGUUUAUCUCUAGCGUCCUCAUUGGACCUAGUUGCUAAAAAUACGUCUUCAUCAGAACAAUCUGCAUAUUACUCUGCUGGUGCUUCCUCUAGUGAAACUACAGAGCAGGCAUCUAUAUACGCCUUACCUGACUUUGAUGACAAUAACGUGGAUCCAUUUGUGACUAGUAGCAAAAUGAGAAGUUCCCCUAUUACCGUAUCCGAUGACAAUCCAUUUGUUACAAAAAACAAAAUGGCGUCAUCACCAGUUACUUCUUAUAUCCACGAAAAUACAGAAUCAGCUACUAAAGACUCUACCCAUACCGUGGACGUGAAACCGAGCAUAGAGUUUAAAUCGCCCACUGAUGAAUUCAACCUGAGUAUGCAGAAAGACAUAACCCAGAACAUGAAUAGUUCAGCAUGCUCUGAAAGUUCAAAGGCUACUGAAGAAAAAGAUACAACAGUUCGAGAAGUACACACUGAAGAUGAGGAAACGAUGGAGGGACCCUUUAUCGAAGCACACCUUGAAAGUGAUAUCGGCAAAAGUUGUGAUAUUGAAUCUGAGAAAGUAGAACUUAAUGACUUUACCGACUUGCCAGUACAGGAAUCUGACGAAAACUUUGAGGGUGGAGAAAUGUUUAUUGACGCCGACGCAUUCGAUUUCCUCAUGAAUCAAAAUAAAAGUAGCGAGGUGGCUGAUAAUGGAAAAGAAAGUCUUUUCUUGAAAUUUGACCCUCUAUUUGCCAAAAGAGUUAAUUCAGAUGGAAUUGUGGAUGCAUUGAGCAAAAUUAAAAGGAGGCAGAGCACGCCUAAGAAAAUGCGGCCGCCGCCACCACCUCAAGACUUGAUGUAUCUCGAUAAAUCACCAACCCCUGGACCAUCAAAUGUUGUGUUUGCUGGAGCAGAUUUACCAUCAGACAGAAUAGAAGAUUGCAAUGUCACUGUCCAAAAGCCAACAAUGGCGGUCCCUCCAGCCGUAAACCCAGAGGUGACACCAAGAAAGAAAGCGACCACUCCAACUAGAACUACCAAUAGGCUAUCCAUGAACUUUACGUCACCUGCAAUGGCAGUUAUUGAUAAAUUACUAUCAUUAAGUGGUUCGCAUUCUCCUGAUAACCGCGACAACGCCUUGCCGCAGAUGGCCAGAGAGCACCAAGAAUCGGAUCGAGCGCUUAUGCAGCUGAGGGAACUUUUAGCGGAAAAAGAAUUGAAUGUUCAUCACUUAAGAUGCGAGAGCAAGGAGCUGAAAGAAAGACUCGGUGUUCUUGAAACACAGAUGACUACUCUGGAGAAAGCUAAUGAGAAACGACUUGAAAACAUUAAGGAUUUGAAUGAAAAAUUAGCUGAAAAGAACCAAAUAAACAAAAACAUGUCAGCUGUUGUCGAAGAGUAUGAAAAGACCAUAGCAGGCUUAAUUGCAGGUAUUGAGGAUGACAAAAAGCGACAUGCAGAAGAAAGAAUGCUUCUCAUUAAAGACAGGGACGAGCAAACCGCGCACCUGGCCAGCAUGGAGAACGCUUUCAGUGAUCUCCACAGCAAAUACGAGAAGUGCAAGCAAAUUAUUCUGUCUUACAAAGCUAAAGAAGACACUUACAGGAACUCAAUCAAGGAAUUCGAGGAGAAUCUCUUAAAAAUGCAGAACAAUUACGAAUUGUUGAAGCAGCACGCCACUUCGAAAUUAAACCACGCCAAUACCGAGCUGGAGAAAAUAAACAGGAGUCAUGAGUCGGAAGUGUUGAAAUUGAACGCUAUGAUCAAACGUAAGGACUUGCACAUUAGCUCUCUCGAGGAGACAUUGGCUCAGAAAACGAAAGCCAACGAGGAGUUGACCGCCAUUUGCGAUGAACUAAUUAACAAAGUAGGCUGAACUAAUUUUAGAUUCAAUCUUACGUACAUACAAACCUACACCUACAUUACAUUUGUCUGUACCCUGUGAUUUAAACUUGAGAUAACGGUAUUGACAUAAUAUUCGUAUUUCAGUGGCUGUUGGCUUUUGCGCGUAUUUUGUGAUAGGCGGCAUUAAGUUUGAGUCACUGGUAUCCUCUAUUAGCUAACAUUAAAUCGUGUGUGCCAAACUCAUGUUUCAUUUUCAUACCUAUAAAACAUGUUUACUACCUACUACAACUAGGGUCCUAGUAAAAUUUAAGACUGUUUCAAAUUGUGAUAAUUUUUCCGAUAAUCAUGUAAGAUCAGUCGAUUUGGUUAUUGUGUGAUGGAGACUGUAACAUUUUUGUUUUUUUCUGUUAUGCUGGACAUAAUAAAAGAAACAUGUCAAGCAUAUUUUUAACAUAACUACAUCAAUAAUUUUAGCUGUAUGUAUAUUUUUGCAUUCAUGUUACAUUUGUUUCGAAAUAUUUAGGUCUCAAAACAGUUAGUAAGACGUGGUAAAAACUCAAUAUUUACGACUAUUUUCUAAAAAAAAAUCGGACAUACUCAUAUUUUUAUAGAUAUAUUGUUCCUCAGAGUGCCUCAAUAAGUCAGUUUUUAUAUUUAGGAAAUUAGCAUGACAUUAACAUUAAUGUUUUAGUUGUAACGUUUAAAGAUGAUGUAGGUUCUAGAUUAAGUAUUUUAGAAUAAAAUAAAUAGGAUUAAACCUAUUUUUGUAAAUUUUAGUCACUAUUUUUUGUGGUUUUUAAUUUUAUACUAUACGUUUGAAACUUCUGGACUAAUAAUGUGAUUAUGUUAAAGUAUAAGUACGUGACAUUAUUUCUGUAAACUUAUUUUUGUUCUCAUUUCAUUUUAAAAGUAAUUAAAUACACACGGGUUGUUAAAUCAACUAUUUUUGUAUCAUAAUAGUGGCAGAUUUAUAUUUUAGUUAAUAAAGUUAUUGACAUAAAAUUCUAA